AUGACGCCGCCACCUUCGCCGCGGCCUUCCCCUCUUCAACCUUCCAAGAAGAAGCAGAAGCCAGUUAAGAUCAUCCGGUACUUCCGGUCCAUUUUCCGGUCACUUCCUAUACUAACACCCAGCUGUAAGUUCCCUACCAACCUGCCUGGGGUACACUCAGAUGCUAUAUCUGUAAGCAACAGCGGCACCCGUGUUACCGGCACUCUCUUUGGAUUCCGGAAAGCUCGAGUGAGCCUAGCACUCCAAGACAAUCCUCGAUGUUUACCCAUAGUAGUAAUUGAGCUUCCCCUCCCUACCGGAAACCUUCUCAAGGAAAUGACCUCCGGCCUCGUCCGCAUUGCUCUAGAGAGCGAGAAGCGUGCGGCAGCAGCAUCAGAGAAGACGAAGCUCCUUGAUGAGCCUGUGUGGACGGUGUAUUGCAAUGGCCGUAAAGCAGGGUAUGGAAUGAAGAGAGAGCCUGCUGAGCUUGACAUGCAUGUGAUGGAGCUGCUUCAGGCAGUGUCGAUGGGUGGCGGAGUUUUGCCAUACGAUAAUGCCGAAAAUGGAGUCAAUGAGGGUGACGGCGAGCUAACCUAUAUGAGGGCAAACUUUGAUCGUGUCACCGGGUCUAAGGACUCUGAAGCACUCUACAUGGUUAGUCCGGACGGGCAAAAUGGGCCGGAACUGACCAUCUUCCUUGUUAGAGUCUGA